CGUCAUUACCCCGCGCAACGUCAUUUGCGGGCGACAGCAGAGCCCUCUUUCGCGCCAAGUUGAUUCGCGAUUUUCAUUUUCCCCCACCAACAACAAACCCCGAACUAAGUUGUGUGGAUACGUCUUUAAAUAAUGGACAUCAGGCGGUUUUUUGCGCCGUCCACAAAGCCCACGGCGCAGAAAGAGGCUCCGAAUGGAAACAUCAGCGCCGCGAGAAAGCUUCAGUCCCCAGAUGAGGAGCCGAGAAAGAAGAAGGAGAUCAAGGAGAAGAAAGCACGCACUGAUGUCACGCGUAUGGAUAUAGUGAAAAAACGGAAAAAACAUGCCGUCAUUGAAUCAGACUCUGACUCUGAUGAGCGAGACAGGAAGUCCAAGAAAUCAGCUGAGAAGAAGGAGAAGGUCGGCAAGGCCGCGCAAUCUCUCAAGAAAGAACCUGUUCGCUAUGUCUCUGAAACAGACUCGGACAGUGACAACUUUCAGUCCUUGAAGAAGGUCUCCAAAACCAAGCAGAAUGGCACCGCCCAGAGGUCCAAUUCAGAUGUCAAACAAGCUGCAAAGUCUCCCAACAAGUCCUCGUCUGUUCAGACCCAUAGUGCUACAAAAUCUCACACCCCCCCCGUCGCGGCAAAGUCAGCCGAACGAACCACCACCUCCGUGUUUGACUACUUCGGUAGCAGAAGUGUUAAGCGCUCGGACAAGAAGCUGGUAGCCAGCGCUAAACGAAAGGCGCCCAACCAGGAGACGGACGAGCUGAGUGAUGAGCAAAUUGCUCAACAGCUGCAAAUGGUGGAGGAGGCUGAGCUGGAAAAGCAGGUCCAUGGAGAUGAGGAGUUUGCAAGAACACUGGCCAUGCUAGACGCAGAGCCCCAUGCAAAGAAGUCUCGAAAAGGUUCCGACGGAAAUGACGACAAGGCCCUGCCGAGCAGGAUGAAUGCACUCAGCCCUUCAAAGAUUAGCAGAGAUGACAGCAUGUCCAAGGAUGUGAUCGGUCCUUCGCCCAAGAAGAGUCCCGCUGCAGUCAAAACCAGUUCCAAACUGGCCAUGAUGAUGAAGAAGAAGGAUGAGGAAGAAGAGGUUUCCAAAGUGGCCAUGAUGAAGAAGAAGAGGGAGGAAAAAGAGGAUGCGGAAAAGAGAAAAGCGCCGACAAAACUGAAGGUCUCCCCUAAAAAAGUGCAACAAAAUGUGUCAAUCAGCGACAAGAUGCCCGCAUCCAAAACUGGGACGGCACCUCAAACGUCUCCAGCUAAACCAGCGAGCACAAGUCCCGAUGAAGCGGAGAAGAAGAAGGGCAACGGUUCCGCUUACAGGAAUUACCUCAACAGAGAUGGACCGCGAGCGCUGGGGUCCAAAGAAAUCCCCACGGGUGCAGACAACUGUUUGGAGGGUUGCGUGUUUGUCCUGACAGGCGUCCUGGAGUCACUGGAGCGAGACGACACCAAAUCCCUCAUCGAGCGGUACGGCGGCAAAGUGACGGGCAACGUCAGCAAGAAGACGACCUACCUUGUGCAGGGCCGGGACAGCGGCGUCUCCAAGCUUGAGAAGGCGGAGAGUUUUGGUACCAUAAUCCUCAGUGAGGAUGAUCUGUUGGAGCUGAUAAGGACUAAACCAGGAAAGAAGUCCAAAUACCAGAUCGCUGCAGAGGCUGAGAGCAAAGCCUCAAAGACCAGGUCUCCUCCUGGCCAGGCCUCAAAGAGCACCCCAAAAGCUGCAAAGGUCUCUCCCUCCAAAGGCAACUCCAAGUCUCCUCACACCCCAAGCCCGGCCAAGACCGGACGGGCGUCAGGCGCCAACCCACCUGGGAGAAGCUCAACUCUAACUGCCCGCAGGGACUUGGAUUUUUCUUCUGGCCCACGGCCACCCUCCAAAUUAAAAGAAGAGGAAGGGCCCAGUCUGCUCUGGGUGGACAAAUACCGCCCGCUGUCUCUGAAGGCCCUGAUUGGCCAGCAAGGAGACCAGAGCUGUGCCAACAAGCUGCUGCGCUGGCUGCAAACCUGGCACAAACACCACGGCACGGGUGCCUCCAAAGCACCAGUUGCAAGAUUUGUAAAAUUCGGCUCGGGCAAAGAUGAUGGAUCUGGAUUCAAAGCUGCUCUGCUCUCCGGACCACCGGGUGUGGGGAAGACCACUACAGCAGCCCUGGUCUGCGAGGAGUUGGGCUUCAGCUACGUGGAGAUGAACGCAAGUUGCACACGCAGCAAGAACAGCCUGAAGCAGGUGGUAGCCGAGUCCCUCGACAACACCAGUAUUGAGAGCUUCUACAAAGGUACGUCUCAGCAAGUGAGCAGUAAACACAUCUUGAUCAUGGAUGAGGUGGAUGGCAUGGCGGGCAAUGAGGAUCGCGGCGGCAUCCAGGAAAUGAUCGGCCUCAUCAAAAACUCCAAGAUCCCGAUCAUCUGCAUGUGCAACGAUCGGAACCACCAAAAGAUCCGAUCGCUGGCCAAUUACUGCUUUGAUCUACGCUUCCAGAGACCGCGAGUGGAGCAGAUCAAGGGCGCUAUGAUGUCCCUCGCUUUCAAGGAGGGACUCAAGAUUCCACCUCCAGCACUUAAUGAAAUUAUCCUGGCGUCUAAUCAGGACAUUAGACAGGUGAUCCACAACCUGAGCAUGUGGUCGGCCAAAGACAAGGUGAUGACGUAUGACCAGUGCAAGUCCGACGCCGCCUCCGCCCGCAAGGACAUGAAGAUGGGGCCCUUUGACGUCUGCCGGAAGGUGUUCGCCGCCGGCGAGGAGACUGCCCGCAUGAGCCUGAUCGACAAGUCCGAUCUUUUCUUCCACGACUACUCACUGGCGCCACUCUUCGUACAGGAGAACUACCUGCAUGUCCGACCCGCCGCCGCCGGCAGCGACGCAAAGUCCCACCUGGUGUUGCUCAGCAAGACGGCCGACUCCAUCAGUGAUGGAGAUCUGGUGGACAAACGCAUCCGCUCUGGGCAAAACUGGUCUCUGCUCCCCACCCAGGCCAUCUUUGCUAGUGUGAUCCCCGGUGAGCUCAUGAGAGGCUACAUGAGUCAUUUCCCAGCUUUCCCCAGCUGGCUCGGCAAAAACUCUUCAGCAGGCAAACAUUCCCGCAUCGUCCAGGAGCUGGCCUCGCACAUGGCUUUGAAGACGCUGAGCAGCAGGCAGGCGGUCAACCUGGACUACCUUUACUACCUGCGCCAGAGCCUGCUCAGCCCGCUCCAGAAGCUGGCAGCAGAGGGCGCCAGGGAGGCAGUACGGCUGCUGGAUGAUUACCAGCUCAUCAAGGAGGACGUGGACAGCAUGAUGGAGAUCAGCGUGUGGGGGGGACAGCCUGACCCUUACUCCAAACUGGACUCCAAGGUGAAGGCAGCGUUCACUCGCGCCUACAACAAAGAGGUGCACCUGACGCCAUACUCCUUGCAAGCGGUGAAGAAAGGCCGGCGCGGCGGCGUGGAGGAGUUUGACGUGGAGGACGCUGAAAAGGACACACCUGUGUCUGAGGACGAGGGGGGCGGCCUCAACUCGGACGCAAUGAUCAAACAGAAGAAGACCAAAAGAACCAAGGAGGCGAAAGCGGAAAAGAGAGAGGAUUCUGGCAAAGGCAAGGGGAGGGGGAGGGGCAAGGGAAAAAAGUAAGAUAAUUGAGUCUUCUUUAUCCCAACUUUUUUUUUUUUUAAAGAAAUCCCUAAUCAUGUCAAUACACCUCAUACGGAGUGUGAAAUAUCGGAACACUCACCUUGUAAAUGGAAAUAUUGUAAAAUAGAGAUAUGCCACACGUG